CGCGCGCCGCCCGGCGAGCUCAGUCCUCGGCGGGACGCGCGGCGGGCGGACUCGGCUCGGCUGCGGCCAUGGCCCGGGGCCUGCGCGGCCUCCCGCGACGCGGCCUCUGGCUGCUCCUGGUGAACCACCUCUUCAUGGCCACCGCCUGCCAGGACGCCAACUACAGCGCCCUCCUCCAGGAGCUCUGCCUCGCCCGGUUCCAGGGGGACAUGGAGGCUGUUGGGAGCCUGCUGUGGUGCGACUGGGGCAAGACCAUCAGGAGCUACGAAGAGCUCUCGGAAUGUACCAAGCAUGUGGCACAAAAGCUGGACUGCUUCUGGCCAAAUGCGGCGGUGGACAAGUUCUUCCUCACCAUCCACCAGCACUACUUCAGAAACUGCCCCGUCUCGGGCAGGGCCUUGCAGGACCCACCCAGCAGCGUCCUCUGCCCCUUCAUCGUGGUGCCCAUCCUGGUGACCCUGCUCGUGACGGUGCUGGUGGCCUGGAGGAGCAAGCACCCGGAGGGCGUGGUGUAGGCCACAGCUGGGGGCUGCCCGAUCAUGGAGGCUGCAGGGCAGGCUGGAGGGUGGGUGCAGGGGCCCAGCCUGACCAAGGCGUCUGGGACCCCAACCGCAGAGCAGACCCCCAAUCCCCUAUCCUUUUACCCAAGACGAGCUCACAGCAGGAUUUUGGGGCAGUCACGGCAUAGGCAGUGACCUGGA